AAGAGUUCCAAUCCAACACUCUCUCACUCCCCCCACCCCCCUCUCUCUCUCUCUCUCUCUCUCUCUCUCGAUAGCUAUAGAGAUACAUUUUACAUAUACAUACAUAUAUUUUUGUAAUUGACGGAAAUGCCACCGGCGAUUGGAAAAUCAAAUAAAAUCAGACACAUUGUCAGAAUCCGGCAGAUGCUCCGGCGGUGGCGCAACAAGGCGCGCAUCGCCGCCGGCGGAGUUCCGUCCGACGUACCGGCGGGGCACGUGGCGAUCUGCGUGGGGAGAGAGUGUAGGAGGUUCGUAGUUCGCGCGACGUACCUGAACCACCCCAUCUUCAAGAGACUCUUGGCUCAAGCCGAGGAAGAGUACGGGUUCACAAACCAAGGACCCUUGGUCCUACCCUGCGACGAGUCGGUCUUCGAAGAGAUCCUCCGAGUCGUGUCCCGAUCCGAGUCCUGUAACUCGGCUCGGUUCCUCAAUCUCGAGGACUUCCAGAGAUGCUGCCACGUGGGUCAUAGAAGUAAUCUUGAUAUUUUGGGUGAAUCUCGGCCGUUGCUUCGUGGGUUUGCUGAUAAAUCAGUCUGUUAAAAGCAAUUCUCUGGUUUGUCCAUAUGGAGCGAGUCAAGAUGAGUCAACUCGCUCUAUUUAACUAAUUUUUGAGUGAAUUUUAGUGGGUUUUUUUUAUUCUAUUAUUUUUAUUUUUCUUGGGUGGUGAGUGAUAACUCAAUGUUUUUAUUUUUAGCUCUGGAGAUGGCAAAUAUGGGUGGUAAUUUAACCGAGUCAUCCCGAGUUGGAGUUGGACCGAGUUGAGUAUCAAGAUAUGUUUUUUUUUGGUAAUAUUUUGUAAAUUUCUUGAUU